AUGUUAUUAUCUAAAUAAAAUUAUGAUGAUUUUUAAUAAUACAACAUUCACAAAACAAUCAAAUAGGAGUAGUUCCAAAUUAAAUAAAUGAAAUAGGAAGUUAUGAAGACUUCACUAGAAGAAUAGAGACAAAUAUAAGAGGAGGCAAAAAGAAGAAAUUAGGAAUUAAGACAAAAAGAGGACACUGAUGAAAUUUAGAGAAUCUAAUUACUCAACAAAGAGAUGGCUGAUCAAUAGAAGUAAAAAAAACUAUAAACAAAAGAGUCCUUAUCUAAAAAAUAUUCAGAAAUUAUAGAUUAAAGAAACUUGAUUGUAAAUUAAAAGAAAAGCGAAGAUUUAAACAUUGAAAAUCAAAUUAUUGAUAGUGCUUAAAAAGCUUUACAAGAAGAAAGAUAGAAUCAAUUGCAAAAAAGACUUAUGCAAAAGUAAAUUUAUGAUGAAUAGAUGAAACUUAUAGAAGAAAAAAAGCAGAAGGAGAGAUUAAAUAGGGAUUAGGAGAGAGUAUUAUUUUAGGAAUAUGCGAUCAAAGAUUAACAAAGGAUUAUUCAAUAAGAAGAAGAAUAUAAAAAAUAUUAUCAAAGAUUAGCUGAAAGAAAUGACCAUUUGUAGGAUAUUUAUAGGAAAAAUGUAGAUGAUCCCAGAUCCUCUUUAGACUACAUUAUCAAUAAAUAAGUUAAAGAAAAGAUGGAUAGAGAAUAAGAGGAAAUAAAUACUAAAAGAUAGAAUGAUAAACAACUUAAAGAUUAAUACUUGAACACAUUAUCACUACAAGUAAAAGAAAAGGAAUAGAGAAGAAAGGAUCAAGAAAUUUUGGCUACUUAAAAUAAAUAAGAAAUACGCAAAGCUGCCGAAAGCUUUAAUGAUGAACAAUAAUAGGAGAGGAGAAAAAAAAGAGAUUAUCAAUCAUAAUAUUAUGAAUAGUUAUCUAGUAUGGGAAAUGGCUAAAAUCAAUAAGAUAAAUUGAUUGACAAUUUAAGUUUACAAUAGUCUUAGGCUUAUAAUCCAUUAACAAAUCCAAAUCCACAUUAAAUUCAGAAUCCCUAUAUAUUGAGACAACUUGGACUUAACAAAUAGAGUAAUCUUUAGUCCCCUCAAUAAAGUUAAUCAAAACUGGCUUAGUUAGGAUAAAGCAGCCUGUUCAAAUGA